AUGAGCACAGUGAUUGUAAAUAAUUAUCCUUUCAGGUAUAUCAAGCUGCAGAAUGGCUUAUGUGCACUUUUAAUUUCGGAUUUAAAUAACCUGGAUGGUGCCCCGUCUGCAUUAUCUUCAGAAGAGGAGGACGAUGAAUCCGAAGAGGAAAGCGAUGAGGAUGACGACUCUGGAGCAGAGAUCGAGGACGGCAGAGAAGGCUACGAUGAGGAGGACUGUGAUGAGGAGGAUGAGGACAAUGAUGGAGAUAAUGAGGAUUUCAAUGAUGCUGAUGACAGUGAAUUAGAAGAGCUAGCUGAAAAGGAAGAAACAAGAAAAAGAGGUUGUACAGAAAAACAGUCUGCAGCCGCCCUCUGCGUUGCUGUUGGCAGCUUCUCUGAUCCCGAAGAUCUGCCUGGAUUAGCGCACUUCCUGGAACACAUGGUUUUUAUGGGCAGUUUGAAGUACCCAGAUGAGAAUGGGUUUGAUGUGUUCCUGAAGAAACACGGGGGCAGUGACAACGCUUCAACCGACUGCGAGCGGACAGUCUUCCAGUUUGAUGUGCAGCGGAAAUACUUCAAAGAAGCGCUCGAUAGGUGGGCACAAUUCUUUAUUCACCCACUCAUGAUCAGGGAUGCAAUAGAUCGAGAAGUUGAGGCUGUAGACAGUGAGUAUCAGUUAGCAAGACCCUCUGAUGCAAACAGAAAGGAGAUGCUCUUUGGGAGCCUUGCCAGGCCUGGACAUCCUAUGAAGAAAUUUUUUUGGGGUAACGCAGAUACGCUCAAACAUGAGCCUAAAAUGAAUAAUAUUGAUACGUACACGAGACUGAGGGACUUCUGGCAGCGCCAUUACUCUGCUCACUAUAUGACUUUAGUUGUCCAGUCUAAAGAAACAUUGGAUACAUUGGAAAAGUGGGUGACAGAAAUCUUCUCUGAGAUCCCAAAUAAUGGUUUGCCCAAGCCCAGCUUUGGCCAUCUGACUCAGCCUUUUGACACACCAGAAUUUCACAAGCUCUACAGAGUUGUUCCAAUCAGGAAAGUUCAUUCACUGAGUAUCACCUGGGCACUUCCUCCACAGGAGCGGUAUUACAGAGUGAAGCCACUUCAUUAUAUUUCCUGGCUGGUGGGACAUGAAGGCAAAGGCAGUGUUCUUUCUUUUCUUAGGAAAAAAUUUUGGGCUCUUGCAUUAUAUGGAGGAAAUGGUGAGACAGGCUUUGAACAGAACUCUACUUACUCCAUCUUCAGCAUUUCUGUGACUUUGACCGAUGAAGGUUACAAGCACUUCUAUGAGGUUGCCCAUGUUGUAUUUCAGUAUCUGAAGAUGUUGCAGAAAAGAGGGCCAGAGAAAAGAAUAUGGGAAGAAAUCCAGAAGAUUGAAGCUAAUGAGUUUCACUACCAGGAACAGACAGAUCCAGUUGACUAUGUGGAAAGCCUCUGUGAGAACAUGCAGUUGUUUCAGAAGGAGGAUUUUCUGACAGGAGACCAGCUCUUAUUUGAGUACAAGCCUGAGGUCAUUGCUGAUGCCCUCAACCAGCUCACACCUCAGAGAGCCAACCUCGUUCUGCUCUCUGCUGCCAACGAGGGCCAGUGUCAUCUGAAGGAGAAGUGGUUUGGAACGCAGUACAGUGUGGAAGAUAUUGACAAAUACUGGAGUGACUUGUGGGCCAGUGAUUUUGAAUUAAAUCAGGAUUUACACCUUCCAGAAGAAAACAAAUACAUUGCCACUGACUUUGCUUUGAAAGUUGCUGACUGCCCCGAGACAGAAUACCCAGUGAAGACAGUAAGCACGCAGCAAGGCUGUCUCUGGUACAGGAAGGACGACAAAUUCAAAAUCCCCAAAGCUUAUGUUCGUUUCCAUCUGAUCUCCCCGUUGAUACAGCAGUCUGCAGAGAACAUAGUCUUGUUUGACACAUUUGUAAACAUCCUUUCCCACAACCUGGCUGAACCAGCUUACGAAGCGGACGUCGCUCAGCUGGAGUACAAGCUGGUAGCCGGGGAGCACGGCCUGGUCGUGCGAGUGAAGGGAUUCAACCACAAACUACCUCUUUUAUUUCAGCUCAUCAUUGAUCACUUGUCUGACUUCAGCUUCACUCCAGCAGUUUUUGAGAUGAUAACGGAGCAGCUGAAGAAGACCUACUUCAACAUCCUCAUCAAGCCCGAGACACUGGCCAAGGACGUGCGUCUCCUCAUUUUGGAGCACAGCAGGUGGUCCAUGAUCGACAAGUACCAGACGCUGAUGAACGGCCUUUCCAUCGAGUCCCUCUCGGCCUUCGUCAAGGCUUUCAAAUCGCAGCUCUUCGUGGAGGGUCUCGUUCAAGGAAACUUCACGAGCAGGGAAGCAAAGGAUUUUCUGAAUUACGUUGUUCAAAAGCUCCAGUUCGCUCCUCUGGCCCAUCCCUGCCCUGUCCAGUUCCGGGUGGUGGAUCUGCCAAACGCCCAUCUGCUCUGCAAGGUGAAAACUCUCAACAAAGGUGAUGCCAACUCUGAAGUAACAGUUUAUUACCAGUCUGGUGCCAGGAACUUAAGGGAAUACACCCUUAUGGAGCUGCUUGUGAUGCACAUGGAGGAGCCCUGCUUCGACUUCCUGAGAACCAAGCAGACCCUCGGCUACCACGUGUACCCCACCUGCAGGAACACGUCUGGCAUCCUGGGCUUCUCCGUCACAGUAGCCACACAGGCAACCAAGUACAAUUCUGAAUUGGUUGACAAGAAAAUAGAGGAGUUUCUUUCUUGCUUUGAAGAGAAAAUCAAGCAUUUAACCGAAGAAGCUUUUAGCACCCAGGUUACAGCCUUGAUAAAGUUGAAAGAAUGUGAAGACUCCCACCUUGGAGAAGAAGUAGACAGGAACUGGAACGAAGUUGUGACCCAGCAGUAUCUCUUCGACAGGCUUGCCCGUGAGAUUGAAGCUCUGAAGUCUGUUACUAAAUCAGACCUGGUCACCUGGUUCCAAGCUCACAGAAGCAGCGAAAGAAAAGUGCUCAGCGUCCAUGUGGUUGGAUUUGGAAAAUAUGAAGGGGACUCAGAGGUUCCAGCUGUCUCAGAAGCACAGAAUUCUUCAUCUGGUGAAAUACCUCAUCUUACUUUCUUACCCCCAUCCUCCUUGAUGACUGAUGUUACUUCCAUCAAGGACAUCAAAGCUUACACAUCUACUCUGAAUGUUCUCCCUUACCACAAAAUAUUAAAAUAAAAGUGACAUCUUGCCCUGCAGUGAUGUGUAAUACAGGUGCUUUUUACAACUUAAACAUUGCAAAACUGGUUUUAUUAACAAAGCUGCAGUGGUAGCUGAGAUGAGGCAGUCCAGCCAGGUACUGAGGUACCAUCCCUCAAGCAAUUUCCAACAGCCUCUCAUUAAUGUCCAUGUUUGUUAAGAACAGGCCCAGCGCUGACUUCCUGCUGGAGAGGGGGGACUUUUCCCUUCACUAGAAAACACCGUGUGCUCCUCUCCAGCUGCCUUGUGUUCAGGCUCUCAUGUGCAUCAGUCCUACAGUGCUGUGGCAAUUGCUUACCAGAAGUUACAUUUCCUCAAAGAAAAUACUCUGCAGUUCUCCUGUAGGAAUUAAAGUGCAUGUGGAAGAAGAAAAAACAAACGCAAAAACCAACAAACCUUAAGGCUUCGAUCUUAGACUGCUUUUAUAGGUUUUAUGUAUGUGCAAAGUUGGCAAAACUGAGGUUAAAUCAAAUUAAUGCUAAUUUAAAUGAAGGAAAAGUAGUUUGUUUGCUGUGUAUAGCUGCUUCCUCAAACAUUAUUUAAAUUCAGGCUAAAUCACAGAAAUGCAAAGGUUCCUACCCAUUAAGGUGGUUAUUGAGAGGUAAGGCCAGAAGAAUUCUGCUCCGUGUUGUACAAACUCUGUUUCUUUUGCUAGUUUAACAACUGCUUAAGGAACUACAAUGCUUCCUCUACAAAAAUAUUUGCAUUUCACAUAAAACAACCGAUCAUCGUUCAGCUGCAAAAACAAUCUUGCUACAAAGAUUUAUUAUGAAAUAAAUAAAAGUCUGUAAGAGAAGUUUGAAAAAUCUAUUUUAUGAAGCUUUAAGAUGCAUUAUCUAUGGUUACAUUUUAAUCUCUAAAAUAAAAUAACAAAGUUAUUUUGGGCAAGACACUGAAAUGCCAAAAGAGUUGAUUAUCAUACAGGUGGGAGAUAACAUUUAUGUAGCAUUUUCUAACAAACUGUCCCAUCAGCAGAAUCCUCAUAUUUACACAUUGCCAACAGUAGCUAGAUUUAAAUGAUGUCUUUUGUUGUUGCUAUUUAAUUGUGUAGGACCCAGGAAUAUUAUGCACCUGAUACCAACUGUCAUGGCCUUUACAGUGGUUAUACAAAGUGUAUACUUCACAGCCCAGAUUUUCCAUGCUUCAGAAGUAUUAAUAAAAGGUCUCCAGCAGCCUGAAUAUAAUACUACCAUUAUAGCGAAGUCCAAUAUAGGUUACUGCACAGCCAGGAUGUUUUCUGUUUCAAAUAAAUGCUUAUCUGCAUCAGUAAGUCCAGUAUCCCUGAGAUAGGAACCACUGUAAUUGGAGGGGCAGCUUUUCCCAAAGUUACAUACGUGAUAACUGGCGACUAUCUUGGUAUCAGAUGUAAACUCUGCCAAGCCAAGGCUCGAACGUCUGCAGUUUUUACAAGCCGCUCAGUGUUUACUGGCAGCAAGUCGUUUCAAGAGUGGCUCGUCGUAAACCCAACAUUCUCCGUCUUCGUGGAAUAACUAGAAAAAGUGGGACAGGAUAAUUAAAUGUAAGCGUUUUAUGACUAAGUUGGAAAGGAGCAGUAAAAUGCUACAGGUCAGAGGGCAUCAUU